AUGGCACCAAUUGAGACUCACGCUGAUGUCAAAGCCUACGAUAAUGAUAAAGUAGAAUUCGCGGCCCAACCAAUCCCUAGCGAUCAAUCGUCUGGCGAAGAGCUUCACACCGUCGAGAAGGGCUUCAAUGAUGGCGUCGUCGAACUGCCUCUUGCGGAGCAGAAACGCAUCCUCCGCAAAGUCGAUUUUCGCCUCGUUCCACUACUGGCGCUCUUGUACCUAGUGGCUUUCAUCGACCGCAGUAACAUUGGCAAUGCCAAGAUUGCUGGACUGUCGAAAGACCUCAAGCUGAAGGGUCUCCAGUAUAACACGGCGGUCACACUCUUCUUCGUCAGCUAUGGUUUCUUCGAGGUCCCAAGUAACAUUGUCCUAAAGCUUAUGAGGCCGAGUGUCUGGAUCGCCAUCUUGAUGUUCUCAUGGGGCACCGUCAUGACGCUCAUGGGCCUUGUCCACAACGUACAAGGUCUUUAUGCUGCCCGCUUCUUUCUCGGCAUCGCAGAGAGCGGCUUUUUCCCCGCCGCCACAUAUCUUCUGACGAUUUGGUACCUCCGCUACGAGGUUCAAUCCCGCAUGGCCGUCUUCUACGCCUCCGCGUCUCUAUCCGGCGCCUUCUCAGGCUUGCUCGCCUACGCUAUCGAGAAGAUGCAAGGCAUCGACGGUCUCGGCGGCUGGCAAUGGAUUUUCAUCAUCGAAGGUCUGGUCCCGGUGGCCCUAUCCUUGGUCAUUUGGAAGCUGCUCCCUGACAGCCCGGAGACGGCUAGCUUUCUGACCAAAGAGGAGAAGGAGUUCAUCAUCAACCGGCUCGCGCUCGAGACGGGCUCCGGGCAUGGUAGGGUUACGAACUCCGACAAGAUUGGAUUGAAGUACAUCUUGGCCGCUUUCAAGGAGUACAAGAUUUGGGGCGCUUGGGUGAUGUUCUGGGCCAACACCAUCGGCGUCUACGGCUUCACCGCGACCGUCCCCUCCGUCAUCCAACAACUCGGCUACUCCUCCGCCAACGCCCAGCUCCUCACCAUCCCCAUCUACGUCGUAGCCAUGAUCUUCACCAUCAUCUUCGCCUUCUGGUCCGACCGCGCGCGCCAACGCAGCCCCUUCAUCAUGGCCGGCUUCACCAUCGCCGCCUGCGGCUUCAUCGGCCAACUCGCCAUCCCCCACACCCGCAUGCCGGGCCUGACCUACGGUUUCCUCUUCCCCGUCGCCGCGGGCCUGUACUGCCCCUUCAUCCACAUCGUGUGCUGGAUUGGGAAUAAUCUCGCUCCCUCUUCCAAGCGGGCUGUGGGGAUGGCUUUGCUGAUAUCUGUGGGGAACUUCGGUGGGAUCGCCGGGUCGAACAUCUACAUCGCCCGCCAAGCCCCCAAAUACCCCGCCGGUUUCGGCACGGGUCUCGCCAUCUGCCUCGCGGCGAUCAUCAUGGCCUUUGUGCUGCGGCAGGCGUUUGCGGCGGAGAACGCGAAGCGGCGGACGAUGCUGGACCGCGAUGGAGAAGAUGCGAUCAGAGCGCGGUAUAGCGAGCAGGAGUUGUUGGAGAUGGGCGAUAAGAGUCCGUUUUUCAUCUACACGUUGUAAACCUCCUCAAUAUGGCAGAGCGGCGGCGAAGAGGGGUGGAGAGUCGAGGUAUUGGCAUGAAUAUACUGUCCGUGGCCCACGCUCCACUAUGCGCUGAAGGCGGAGUAUACACGUAUCGGCGAUUUUCUUCGUCAAGCGUCUAUGUUCAUCAUCAUCAUUAUCUCAGUACCACCGUUACCGACCGACAACGCCUGCGCUAGAAGUACGCUUGGCAAAAGCCCUCGUGAGAGCGAGU